AUGAGGCCGGUCUUCGAAAUCCCGAUUAGGGUGGUGAUCGUGCAACUUCGUGCAAGCACUCGCAGACUUCUUUGCGUGAUUCAGGGCAAGGGCAACGGAGUGCGUACAUGGUGGAAGAGGGGUGGACAAGGAUCGAAAGUUUUCAGGGCCAGUGGAAGCCAAAUUUUGGAGAGAGUGUUCAAGGGCCAGGGAAAGUGUGAACCCGAAGAAGUCGCAGAAAUGAGAACCCAUUAUAUUUUACCUCCAGGGGUUGCCAGCCUCAGGGCGGUCAAGACAACGACAAAAGGGGUUGAGAUGAGUGUGGGCGAUGACUCGACAUGGCGGUCAGGAGGACGUGGGGUGCCGAUGAGGAGCUACAUUGCGGAAGAUUUCGCGCAAUCAGCAUGGAAGAGGGGGUGGAGAGGAGCUAUUCGCGUGGGAGCAAGCUCCGGGACUGCGCCGAACGGAUGA